GACAAUUUGUGGGGUAAACAGUGGAAGCCACUUUCUCCUUCGUAGAGGCGUUUGUUUCCUUUAAUUUCAGAAACCAUAGAUUAAUAGCAGUUGCAGGUGCAAUUAAAAUUGCCAGCAGGUAUAGAAUAGAAUGACUGAACUUUGCAAUUGAUGUGAUCCACCACUUGAGUCAUGCUUUGCUUAUGCUAUUCCCUCCUCCCUCUUCUUAAUUUUCUGCUCAUGAUUAUGAGCAGAUAAUGAACUCUCCCACCUAGUGAAAAUUUUGGAACUUAAGCCUUUAUGUGUUUGACGCAAAUCUUCAUUGGCCUAUUCAAUAGACUACAGAACUAAGAAUGUCCUAUUUAAUGGAAGAGGCUUCUAGAAACCAAAUUUCUGCGUAGUUGUUCUGGCACAAUUUCUUCUUUUUCCCAGGUUUAAGAUUGAUCAGUUCUUUUACAAUAAACCUGAUUUAGGUUCGCCUUAAUGAUUUACCUAUACUUCUUGGUGUUGUUGGUUCGUCGCUUUUAGAUAUAGCCGUAUAGGUCAUUGGAUGUUCAAGAUUUGUUUUCUCCUGAAGAAUGGCAAGAUUGCAGAUGUAUUUGUUGUUUUGUUCUGCAUGUCAACUAACUAUUUAUGAAUGUUGGAGAUUAGGAUGGGGUCAUUAUUUAUAGAUGAAGAUGGCCCUGAACUGAUUCCUUCUCCAAUUAUGCGCUUUAUCAGAAUUAUUAUCACAUUAUCGACUAAAUGAUCUUUUUAUCUAUCCAACCGAGACACAUAAGCGGAAUUUUGAAAAAGAAAAGAUGUAGAAUUAGGAGACUGGAAUCAUUAGGUUGUCUGUUCUUGGGAAUGAACAGUAUGUUUUAAGGUCUGAUGCAAGACUGGUCACAAUGGAUUAAUGGUGGGAGCACCAUCGCAUAUACGUGUUUAAUCCUAUAUGGUGAUAAGUGCAUACAUCUUUAGUUAAAAUAUUCACCAUUCCUUCUGGGAUUUGGACAGAUUUGUAUUUUUCUUUCUUUAGAGUAACCACAUCUGGAAUAGUGAGUCUGAAACCAACCAAAAGGAGAAAGACCUAAUCAAUUUGCUAAUGCAGUUGGAGAUCCAUUGGCCAUCAUAAAAAGUGGCUUCACUUUCUGAGAGAGGGUGGUUGUUGUGCCAUUAUCUGGUGGCAAAUGUGUCAAACAUGGUGGAUAGAUGUCUAUACAUGCAAACUAGAGAUUUACUUGGCUAUAACGCAUGAAUAUAUAAGAGUAGUAUGGUUUUAUUGUGUGUGGCUCCUGUAUAAAAGUUAUCCAUAUGCAUGAUAGAAGUCAUUGAACGCAGGGGAACCAUCAGAUGGGCACCUGUAAAGGCUUCAUUCAUUGGUGAUUCGGUGAUUGUUGGACUUAGAUGUAUAUUUGGAAAAUGGGAUGAGGAAAAAACAAGAAAAAGAGAGGAAGAGAAGCAAGUAUAUUAUAAAUGGAACAUCUGAGAGAUGUUGUCCAUCUCAUUAUCGACUACAUUGUUGGAUCCAAGUCAUUGUUCAACGACAACCUGUAUUUCCUUUCCUACCUUUCGCCAUCUAGGGAGGAGGGGGGUACAUCACCAGAUUCAAUAGUCACAAACUACAAGGUUCGCCACAAAACUUCAACUUUCUACUUUGUGAUGAUGAGAUUCCUAAAACGGUGGUCUUUUUCUUUUUUAUUAUUCCACCACUAAUUUGGUAUGGGAAUAUGUACCACAGCGUCAUUUCCACUUUGCCACUUUUAUGACAUGACUGUGUUCAGUGUGUUGUGAUUAGCAGCAAAAAUAUUGUCAGUGUGCAGAAUGUUAGAACACCCUCUCUGACCAUGGGUUACCCUUUCAUGCAAUUUGUGGACGUUUUUGUCCUGUAUUGCUGACCUUGUAACAGGAGUCCAAUUUAAAUAUUUUGCCCCUACUCCUAUUAUAGAAUAGUGUUGCGGACCCUACAUAGUUUCAGGCAGUUUUCUAUUGGUUAGAAGUUCCAUAGACAAAUCGCUUCAAACUCCUCUAUGACCCACUUGUCUGCAAAAUUGUGGAAGAUCAACAAUCCCUACUAUUCCCUCUUACGUGCAGGAACAAACAAUGACUAUUUAUACUGGAUUUGUUAGUAAUUCCUGGUUAUUUCAUUUGAUGAGAACAAAAGAAGGAUGACCUUGGGUUAUACCAAGUCUCAAGCCAAGUGGAUGCCAUUUUGAACAAUUUUAUAUUGAAGAGAUGUUCCGGUCACUUUGAAGCUAAAGAAAUAUGGAUUUGUUACUAAUGCUUCUCUAGUUUGAUAUGAAUGGGCUUAAGCUCUUUAUUGUUGUCAUUAUCUUGAUCUCAAAACCCUGUCAUCUAGAUUAGCUACAUCUUUUAAGAGUGCUGAUAAUACAGGUAACACUAAACAAAAUAUUCUGUUCACCAUGUUAUGUGGUUUAUGUUGCUAACAGCAGUCAUUAUCACUUAUUUCCCUUGAACAUUUCCUUUUCAUUGACAAGACAGCUUGAUAGAGUUCAUAUCGUAUGACAGUUUGUUCUUUGUGUAAAAUGGAUUAUGCGCUCAUAUUUCAUGACAGUUUGUUCUUUCUGUAACAUGGAUUAUGCACUCAUAUUCCAUACUCUAGGCUAGUUGAUCAGCUUGAUGGAGAGGGGCUGGGGGCUCGUGCGAAUUAGAUGAUGUAUUUGCAUCCAGGUAUAUUUUUAAGAUAACAUGUAGAUAAAGUCUACCAGAGAGAACAUUUGGCAUAGUGGAUGGGAGAAAACAGGUAGGCAAUGAACCAUAUGGUGUAUGAAAAUCAUACACAAAAGUAGUCAAAGGCAAAUCAAAUCUAUUUGAAUAUAUGCAGAUUGUUAGCCACUACUGUGAUGGUUAUCCUAUCAACAUGUAUUGAUUCUCCCUCUUCAAUCAGCAAUAUUUCAUUUUCCCAGAAAAAAAAAAUAGUCUGACUAGUCUGCUUAAGAAUACAAAUCACAGACUACAACUGCAUCAUAAUUUUUUCUGGUGAAAUGAGUGCCAAUGCCUCUUUACAACUGCAUAUUUAUUCACAAAUUCUUGCCUAAUUUAUUCUCAUUGAGCCAGGAACAUAACUAAUGAUUGUUAAAAUUGGAUGUCUGAUAGAUAGGAAAUGGUUUUUCUGAAGAUGGAUUGGAUAUACUGUAGGAAGUUGUAUAUUUUACUUCUACUAACAACCCACUCAUGAGUGGGACAUCCACAGACCCUGAGCAUGCAAGAAAGCUCUAGAACAGUUGUAAUGUGCCAUGUCACAAGCUACAAGGUUUGCUAAACUGAUAAAAAUUCACCAUGCCACAUAGGACCACUGACCCACACCUAGCUUUUUUCUUCCUCUCAAGUAGUAUAAAUAGGGCAUGCUUCUUUCUUUGAUUCAUCAUCUUUCUCUUCUGUAAGCUUUAUCUGCAAGAAGCUCACAUCUCCAAUAUGGAUUUUGUACCUAAACUGGCACCUUUCCUGUCUUCAUUUCUCAUUUCUCUUGUAUAUCUGGUGCCUCUUUUCAGUGCCAGACAAGGGCAGUAUGUUAUUGAGAAGAGACUGAACACAUUGGUCAAUGAUCAUCUUGUGACUAAUUUACCUAACCAGCCAGAAGUGGACUUCCGCCACUAUGCUGGAUUUCUUACUGUGAAUGAAACAAGUGGGAGGGCUCUGUUUUACUGGUUCUAUGAGGCAGCCACCCGUCCUGAUGAAAAACCUUUAGUUCUCUGGCUUAAUGGAGGUCCAGGAUGCUCUUCUGUGGGAUAUGGAGCAACUCAAGAGAUUGGCCCUUUUAUAGUGGAUGCUAAUGGAAAUGGAAUUAAGUAUAAUCCUGACUCAUGGAAUAGAGAGGCCAACAUGCUAUUCCUGGAAUCCCCAGUUGGAGUUGGAUUUUCAUAUUCAAAUACAAGUACAGAUUAUAAUAUCCUGGGAGAUGAAUUUACAGCAAAUGAUGCCUAUGCCUUCCUGCAUAAAUGGUUUCUCAAGUUUCCAUCGUACAGAACUCGGAUGUUCUACAUAGCAGGGGAGAGCUACGCGGGAAAAUACAUCCCGGAGCUUGCUGAGUUUAUAAUUGACAGGAACAAGGAUGCUUCACUUCAUAUAAACCUCAGGGGUAUUUUGAUGGGUAAUCCCGAAACAAACGAUGCCGAAGACUGGAGAGGUAUGGUAGAUUACGCGUGGAGCCAUGCCGUGAUCUCAGACGAAACCCACAAAGUAAUCGGCCUGAGCUGCAACUUCAGCAGCGAUGACACUUGGAGCAACAACGACUGCAGUGAUUCUGUCGACGAAUUGCUGAGACAGUACAAGGAGAUCGAUAUCUACAGCCUCUACACCUCGGUCUGUGCAAGGAAUUCCGCUAGCUCGGAUCAGAAAUCCACCCAAGUUAUGUUCACACGUGCUUCAAAAAUGAUGCCGAGAAUAAUGGGUGGGUAUGAUCCAUGUCUGGAUGAAUAUGCUAAGGCUUUCUACAACAGGCUCGAUGUCCAGAAGGCCCUCCAUGUGAGCGAUGGCCACCAUCUCAGGAACUGGAGCAUCUGCAAUGAGACGAUAUUCAAUGAGUGGAAGUACUCCAAGCCAUCCGUCCUUCCUAUCUACACAAAGCUGAUUGGAGCAGGAAUCAGGAUCUGGGUCUACAGCGGGGACACGGAUGGGAGGGUACCUGUGCUGUCGACUCGAUACAGCAUAAGCUCGCUGGGGCUGAAGAUAACCAAGUCAUGGAGGCCAUGGUACCACCAAAGGCAAGUCAGUGGGUGGUUUCAGGAGUAUGAAGGCCUGACAUUUGCCACAUUCAGAGGUGCAGGCCAUGCCGUCCCUAUCUUCAAACCCAGCGACUCCCUCGCCUUCUUCUCUGCCUUUCUGCUCGGCGAUGCUCCACCUUCUGCCCGAUGAACCCUACCUACAACCCAGAAAGGAGAGGAUACUACUAAUUAUUAGUUUGCAUUAUGAUAUAUCAUUGCAGAGUUCCCUUUUCUGAUUGUUCCCCUUCUUUCCUUUCCCUUUCCAGCCACCAGCCUAAAAGGUUUUUGCUUUGCAGAGUAUGUGAUAGAAAAGCAAGGGAAUGUAGUAAUACUCUUACUAGUAGUAGCUUUUAUUGGAGCGUGUAAAUAAACGCCCCAAUAAUAUUGCAGAUUGCUCCAAAAAGGAUGUUGGACUUUUCGAACCCGUAGUAUUGGGGCCUAAAAAGCCCAGCUGGAAGAAUGAAUAGUAUUGCAAUGA